GUGGCGGCGUCGCACAGCCAAAAUAGUCAAAAACAAAGCAAACCCUCCCUCCUGUCGCGUCGAUGCCAACUCCGCGGCCGGAUGGGACCGGUUGACAGAGACUACAGGAGGAGGAGGAGGCUCGCCUUUCAAACCGGUGUUUCAGUGUGAAAUACACGGAGUUUUGCCUUGUAGGCUAACUGCUGACCGUGCAGUUAGCGGACCACUUCGCCAGCAGAGCACCUAAAUUCAUGCAUUCACGCUUUAAAAAGAAGCUUUUUUCCGAAUAGAUCCACACGCUAAGAAUUUAAACAGUACAUCGUGAAGCCAUCAGGAAGAAUGUCGGUGACAUUGCACACAGAUGUAGGUGAUGUUAAGAUAGAAGUCUUUUGUGAAAGGACGCCCAGAGCCUGUGAGAAUUUCUUGGCUCUUUGUGCCAGUAAUUACUACAAUGGCUGUUUAUUUCAUAGAAAUAUCAAGGGUUUCAUGGUUCAAACAGGAGAUCCAACAGGUACUGGAAGAGGAGGUAGCAGUAUCUGGGGCAGGAAGUUUGAGGAUGAAUACAGUGAAUAUCUUAAGCACAGCGUUAGAGGUGUUGUGUCCAUGGCUAAUAAUGGCCCAAACACCAAUGGGUCCCAGUUCUUUAUCACCUAUGGCAAGCAGCCACAUUUGGACAUGAAGUACACAGUAUUUGGAAAGGUAAUAGAUGGUCUGGAGACCCUAGAUGAAUUGGAGAAGUUACCAGUCAACGAGAAGACAUUCCGACCUCUUAAUGAUGUACAUAUUAAGGACAUAACUAUUCAUGCUAACCCAUUUGCUCAGUAGCUGUAAUAAGCAUAGCAGAUACUUGGCAAGCUGCUUUCUUUCGAAAGACACCUACUGUGGUUUAACCAGUUGAAAUUACAUCAGAAAUUGCAUCAUCGUCCUGCGUGUUUGCAACUAAGACCUGUGUGCUGGUGGUUCAGGGAGGAGAGAGACAUCUUUUACCUCCUCGGAGCAUAUUCUCUACGACACGUGUUAACAUAUUUCUUUCAUUGUUAUAUAAAAGUUGUUUAAUUUGUGAUAAAUACAUAUUUGUUUUUAAA